GUCGCGCCGCACAAACAGGACGACCACGAUGGGUGCAUCGUCCGACCAAACCGUGGGCGCGAUCCUCCUCGCCAUCUCCGUGAGCAUGUUUGCGUACUACACGCUCUGGGUCAUCAUCACGCCCUUUGUCGACAAGGACCAUGUCGUGCAAGGCUUCUUCCCAGACCGCCAUUACGCAAUUGCAAUUCCUGCGAUCCUUCUCGUCAUCUUCUUGACGAUCUGCUCUACGUUCAUCGGUUUGGUCAUGAUCAAGUCGAAACACACCAAGGAAGAGUAGCUACAAAUGACGAGCGUCUUGCUUUCAAUCGUGCUGGCUACGAACUCGCCGCCUUCAAGUGACCUCUGCUGCAUCGCUGUCAGUGGUGGAUGCAUAUGAUGAUGUGUAUAGUAUUGACGGUCUCUAACAGGCUUAUUGCAAC